CAACCUUACCCUAACAUUUACUCUUGGGGAUCUCUCAAGCAAGACUUAACUGCCUUCCAGAGACACACACUUUUGGACCAUUUUGUUUUUUUUGGACGACGAAGCUUUCUGAGGAGACAUGGUGUCGGCCGGCUUUCAGAUGAUGGGCACUGCCCUUUGCAUUAUCGGCUGGAUUGGGGUCAUCAUUACUUGCAUCCUACCCCAGUGGAAAGUGACAGCCUUCGUCGGCCAAAACAUUGUCACCGCUCAAACCACUUGGGAGGGCAUUUGGAUGAGCUGUGUGGUCCAGAGCACAGGUCAGAUGCAGUGCAAGGUUUAUGACUCAAUGCUGGCCCUUUCCUCGGACCUCCAAGCUGCCCGCGCCCUCACCAUCAUAUCUGUGCUGCUUGGCGUCGUUGGCAUCCUACUCUCUCUCGCGGGGGGCAAAUGCACCAACUGUGUGGAAGAGGAGAGCGCCAAGGCCAAAAUCGGCGUGACAUCUGGUGUGAUCUUUAUCGUUGCUGGUGUUUUGUGUCUCAUCCCUGUGAGUUGGACAGCAAACACCAUCAUACAGAACUUCUACAACCCAAUGUUGGGCCUUGACAAAAGGGAGCUUGGAGCUUCACUCUUCAUCGGCUGGGGGGCCUCAGGCCUCCUCAUCCUGGGUGGUGCACUCCUCUGUGCCAACUGCCCUCCCAAGGAUAACUUUUCUGCCAAGUACUCUGCUCCCCGUUCAAAUGCACCCAAGGACUAUGUCUGAGGAGAGAAAAGCCAAAGAGCUUAAAAAAAAUGACUUGAAUGAAAUGCUUCGUGGUCCAUGACAUUGAUUUAUGUUGCCACAAAAAGUAUGAUUUGAAUUUUCAUUGUGCUCACAGUUGAUUUUGACACUUUCAUGUCGAGUUACAGCACUUCUAUAGAUUUGUUUUAUCAGUGCCAGGAUGGAGAUAUUUGCACCACACCCAAACAAUAUGGACUGAGUGACACAAUGCUUAGUUGGUGGGAGUGAAAAAAAUACACAUCUAUAUAUUGGAACAGCAUAUAACAACUUGAUUCAUUGAUUUAUUUUCCUUUGUUUUCAUCCAUUUGUACAAUUUUACAAAUUUCAUUUCAAAAUGUGUUUUAUAUGUGACUGUCUGAAACUGUAAAUAAAGUUUUUUAUUAACAUUGAA